CAUUGUUAUUUCCUGGUUGGGAACGGCAGCCAUUUUGGGUUGAGGAGCUCAGCCCGGCCCGGGGAGAAGCGGAUAGGAGGGAGGAAAAUACACACACACACACACACAGGGGGAGAAGGUUACCACGAAUACAAGAAGACGAGCAAAGCACCGCAGCGAGAAGAGACCGAGAGGGUUUUUACGGGCGGAGAGCGAGCGGGUCAGAGUGAGAUGUCAACCAUGAAUCCCGAAUAUGACUAUUUAUUCAAACUGCUCCUUAUUGGCGACUCUGGUGUUGGGAAGUCUUGCCUCCUCCUUAGAUUUGCAGAUGAUACAUACACAGAAAGUUACAUCAGUACAAUUGGUGUGGACUUCAAAAUCAGAACUAUAGAGUUAGAUGGCAAGACCAUCAAACUUCAAAUUUGGGACACGGCAGGUCAGGAGAGGUUUCGAACCAUCACAUCCAGUUAUUACAGAGGAGCACAUGGCAUCAUAGUUGUGUAUGAUGUUACAGACCAGGAGUCAUUCAACAAUGUAAAACAGUGGCUCCAGGAGAUAGAUCGUUAUGCCAGUGAGAACGUUAACAAGUUAUUGGUAGGGAACAAAUGUGACCUGACAACAAAGAAGGUGGUGGACUAUACAACAGCAAAGGAAUUUGCAGACUCCCUUGGGAUUCCGUUUCUGGAAACCAGUGCAAAGAAUGCAACAAAUGUAGAACAGGCCUUCAUGACAAUGGCGGCUGAGAUUAAAAAACGAAUGGGACCUGGAGCUACAUCCGGUGGGUCUGAAAAGUCAAAUGUAAAUAUCCAGAGCACUCCAGUGAAGUCGUCCAGUGGGGGUUGCUGCUAAGAUUUUUCGCAUCAUUCUAAUAAAUUUAUGAUUUAAUAAGCCCAAGUGUAAAACAUUGCCUGAAUUGUACUGUAUGUAGCCACACUACUACAUACUUGCCCCUGUCUCUUUUCCUGCACCUCUUCAGCAACAAAAUCAGGCACUUGAGAAGCCACUAUUGGCUGGGAUUUCCAACUUGAGACUAACUUCAUUUUCAGAACUGUUUUAAACCUUAAAAGUGUGCAGGUCAUUAAUAAUGUGCAUAAAUCUCAUAACUGUUAUCAGAAUUUCUUGUGGUUGGUUUAUAUUAUAAAACAAAUUCAUUUGUUUAUAAUGGCAUGUUUUAAAUGUCAACAUUGGAUCUCCUCUGAAGAUGAAGUUUAGCCAUUUCACGUCAAGCAGCACAAGUGUUUGUCAUGUUUGUUGACAUCAAUAAAGUUUAGUGAAAUUUUUGUGUCAGAUCUGAUUUUGCUAGUAUUUUCUGUAGAGAUACAAAAGAGAAUAAUUACACUAUCUGAUAGUUAUCUUCAUAUUCUCUCCAUAUAGCGUGUGGCUGCAGAAUAUUGUAAUUUGUUGCACAAUAUGUAAUAUUAAACAAUUGAAGAAAUGUUUAAUAAAUAUUGUACUUACUGGAAUUACUUUAGAACUGUAAUAUGGUGGUACAAAAUGGUCCACGGAGCUUCAUGGCCUGCAAAAAUGGGCUAAAUUGUUGCAGAGCUUUAAAUGUCUUAAUUAUUUAUUCUGCAUAUAUCGCAUUUGUUGUAUCUCAAUGUAGAUUCGGUUGUGGAUGACCAUUUUCUAUAUGUAGAUCACUGGUUGUUAUGAUUCCCUUUUGCCUUGGAAGAUGGCUUGUAUUUAUAAUUAUAAACUGCGUUAACUGAACACAGGGAUAUUACUCAUUGUGCAGGUGCUUGCACAGAUGACCUUUUAAAAGUGAACUGCAAGUUUAUUAUUUUUGUGGAUUUCUAGGAACUGUACAUCUGGAUUAUUGGUGGGUUUUUCUUUUCUCUGAAAAAGGUUUCGUAAACAGUUAUCAGGCGUGCUAACCAUUCACUUCAUUUUGAGAGCUAGUUUAGGGACCCAUAUAUACCUUGAAAACUUAGCUAAAAAACAUUUUAAGCAUGGUUCAAAAGUGAUUAAUUACAAUUCAUUUUUACUCCAAUUCUAAAUAAAAUUUGUUUAAUGGCAUUUAUCCCUUCACAUCUCAUGAGUUAUUCAUUAUGUAUUUAAAACAAACUUUUUGGUUAACUAUUCUAUCUGCUUUGCAUGUUUAAUUCUUUAGAAGACUGGAAUGUUAAUUUUACUCUAGUCACUAAAUCAAAUUAACUUUACUCACAUUUAUUCACCCAAUUGAAAUGGAGUAGCUAUUUACACCAUUUUAUUUGGAAAUCUGCAAUGUAGUGGAAUAAUUCACACAAAGUAAAAAUGUCAAAAUAGUUCUAGAAUAAUCACCAGUUUGUAGCUGCAAAGACAGAAAGAGCGCAUCAUAAUAGGUGGGGGAAGGAAUAGAAACUGUGGGCACAGAACUAAAACUCAGGUGUUGGACAGUUAAGAGUUUUUGUUUGGAAUUACCCUUCUGAUGAGAUUAAUUUUAGUGCAGGUUGGUAACUAAAAUGUAACCCAAGCAGCUAAAGUUCUUUAACUGCUUCAUUGUUGUUUAGUUACUAAGCAAAAACCUUAUUAAAUCAGUGUAACUUUAUACUGUU